AUGCCCUCGAGAUACGCAGAUGUCUCCCAUUCCGGGAAAACAGAUGUUGCUUCAACUCGCACACCUAAUUCCCUCGUGUGGGGAACCACUAAAGCCAUAGAAUUGGUUUCUAGUGUGCGGUUCUCAUGGGAUAAUCACCAGAAUAGAAUCUUUAUAGACUUCUUGAAGGCUGUCGGCCCCGAUUUGAAAGACGUCGAUAUCGAGCCAUUGCUUUUCCAGCUUGAUCUUCACGGGUAUGAUAAUAUAAGAAAUAAGUCUGGAGAGAGUGUCUACCGCUUGAUCAAGGAAAAAGUUAUGAGAAAACUGAAGAGAACCGCCGAUAAAAUGGAAAUGAAUGGACUAUUUGAAUCUGAUAUAGAGUCAAGUUCAAUCGACCCCGAACACAAUGUAUUUAAAUACAGACGAGAUUCGAUUGAUCCAAAGAUAAAACCAGAGUAUACCGAAUUUACACAGCCAAUCCACCCCUUCCUAAAGAUACCUCAACAGAAGGUUCGUAAAGGUAUUCUAAAAAAUGCAACUUAUGAGGAUUCGACGUACAUGAGUGAGACUUCAUAUCCGGGCUCACAAACCCAACGAGCUUCGCAUGCUUCUCAUCUAUCUCCGCAAAAGAACGGAAACACAAGGACUAUUGAAGAGGCCAAGUACAAACGCGCUCGACAGUCUAUCCGGGAUCUUGUGUUUGAAUUAUCUCAUACUGAAAAAGCACUCAAGGAAGCUGCAUCUGCAUUCAACGACCUACAACCAAUCAAGAAGGGUGAAAAAUGGACUGGUGUACUUAACCGAAUGAUACUGACGCAUUACGAUGUACAACUAGACGGGGCCAAGUUUUACGAAUUCGCCAAAAAGAACCUAUAAAGGGGGUCCUGGUGUUUUUGAUAUUAGCU